AUGAAUUUCACUAAAGUUCUAGUGACAUUUUUUCUUAUUGUGACUCUUUUAGAAAAUGUUAAAGUUGUUGGUGAGAAUGGCUUAUCUUGCAGAGGAAAAUGUGUACUCGCAUGUAUAUUUUGUGAAGUACCUGGUUGCAGGGACGAUUGUAUGAAACAAUGUCAUAUUAAGACUUCUCCAGAAAAUUUGAAUUGUAAUCUUGCUUGUUCAAUUGAAUAUUGCUCCAAAUCUAAAGAAGAUUCAAAAAUAAUGAAAAGCUGCUUAGAAGAAUGUUCAACAAAACUUUUUGUAGAUUCAAAAAUAAUGAAAAGCUGCUUAGAAGAAUGUUCAACAAAAUCUUGCACCAAGAAAGACAUAUUUAGACCAGAUCUAGGUCUCUUUAAUUUUCUUUUCAUUUCCCCCCUUCUCUUUCACUCUCUUCUCUCUCCCUCUCCUCUCUCUACCAUCCCACCACCCGACUGCCCCACCCCCUCCUUAGACGGUCAACGCCGCAGCCACCGCCAUUUCGGACCAGCAAAAGUCGCCACCAGACGCCGCCGCUGUUUCCGACCAGCAAUCGUCGCCACCAGACGCCGCCAGCUCAGGGUUGAAAAGGUUUUGGAAGCGGUACAUAUUGCAGCCAAUAAGAACACUGUUCCAGGAGACGUAUCUUCAAUGGUCCCUGGUGGAAUCAGAAUGGGAACUCCUGCACUCACUUCCAGGGAAUUUAUUGAGGAAGAUUUUGUGAAAGUUGCUGAAUUCUUUGAUGCUGCUGUGAAGAUAGCAUUGAAAAUUAAGGCUGAAACCUCAGGAACAAAGUUGAAAGACUUUAUGACAACACUACAGUCUAGUGCUUCCAUCCAGUCUAAGAUUGCAAAACUCCGCCACAACGUGGAGGAGUAUGCAAAGCAGUUCCCUACAAUUGGGUUUGAGAAGGAAACCAUGAAGUACAAAAACUGAGAGAGUGCGUAUACAUACACAAGAACGAAUUUCAGCAACACUCUGAGGAGUUUCGAGCCACUCAGUCAAGGAGCACGCCGAUGACCGACGAAGUAAUACAGCAACAGUGGAUUGAGAAGGUUGCUCCCCCAACAAGGCAUGGGACAGUUUAUAGGAUGCCUAAUGGAGCCUUUCGUCGAUACCCGUCGGCCCUUGAAGUCGUAGGUGUUGCUGAUGAUGGGGCAGUUGAUCCUAAGGAGUAUGAAGCUAUGAAGCAUCAAGUUGACCUGCUAACAAGAACACUUAAUUCCUCGGAGGCCAGGAUGUUGGGUAUGCAAGCCCAAAUUAAUAGCUUACUCAAUUCGCGGUCGUUUGCGAUUCCCCCGUGUCUUGGGGAUGCUCGUAGGUGACAGACCCCUAGCCAACCCGACCUUCCCAAGGUAGACGACGUAGGUCACAGGCUGACAUAGAUCAUGCUCUUGUCGAUGAGUCUAGUGGGGAGGAUACGGAUCAUGUCUCUAAUACCGAACGUUGACCUUUUUGAUUAGUGUGCUUUUGGAUUCUAAUUCGGCUAUGUUUAAAUGGAUAUGUAUAUUAUGUUUAAGAGUUUGAAUGUAGUUUUAAUUUGAAUUAGAAGUACUUUUAAUUUUAAGAUGUUUAAGUGUUUGAACGUAGUUUAUGAUGUUUAAGUGUUUGAAUGGACAAUGUUUAAGUGUUCAAGUGUUUGAACAUUGUUUAUGGUUGUUGUGUUGCAUUGUUGAUGAAUUG